AUGAGCGGUCGCUGGGGGCGCGCCCCGGUGGAUAAACGAUUGGAAGUUUUCGGAUCGCAGUGCCAGGGCGCGGCGCAAGUCGGGCGGGCGGCGCGGUGGAGCGGGAGCUGGCCGGCGUCGGCGCUGGACGGCACGCCAGUCGGCGGCGCGGGCCUCGACUUGGGCCAGCCUUCCGGCGGAUUCAGGCGGCCCUUGCACAACAUGGCGGCUUGGCCACGGGACGAAUGGCUGUCUUCCGCGAAUGUCCGUGAAGGGCAUCCCAUGUGCAAUCCCACAGAGAUCAUCAAGGGGAUGAACGACUGGCCGCUUGAGCCUGAUCAGCACGUACUUCAAUUCAAGGACAAUUUGCACACCGCCCGACAUCUGGCAUUCAACCGUGAGCUGGUUGGGUGCAUGGGAGCUGUGAACGCAGCACAUGGCAGCGAGAUUUUCCAAUCAGACGCAGCGCCAACCAAGACCAGGGUGACGCGGCUGCACGUAGAUGUGAAUUCGUUCCAGCGGCAGCCAAAAGUUGACUCUUUUCAUCCGUUUGGCUUUCUGGCCACAAGGGACAAUUUUGGGACGCAGCAAGAUGAUAUGCUGCCAAACUCGAUGCCAGUUGUGAAUAGAAUAUGCGGACCAGGAAACGGCUGCCCUGAGCAGGGCUUGACAAAGACACACGUCUUCAAAAAUGGGGCGCAACGGCACCUCAAUUAA